UGGGAGGGACGCUGGGCUUGGGUGCCACGCAGAGGCUCUUCCUGUGGGUGGGGGUCCCGGCAGCCCCUCUCGCUCACCCUGUGCUCUGGAUUCUGUUGCCCUCUCUCUCUUGCCGGCCAGGACGAGAAGAACCAAAUGAUGACCACCAACGUCUGGCUGAGGCAGGAGUGGAGCGACUACAAGCUGCGCUGGAACCCAGCUGAUUUUGGCAACAUCACCUCCCUCCGGGUCCCUUCAGAGAUGAUCUGGAUCCCUGACAUUGUCCUUUACAACAAUGCAGACGGGGAGUUUGCGGUGACCCACAUGACCAAAGCGCACCUCUUCUCCACGGGCACGGUGCACUGGGUGCCCCCAGCCAUUUACAAGAGCUCCUGCAGCAUCGACGUCACCUUCUUCCCCUUCGACCAGCAGAACUGCAAGAUGAAGUUUGGCUCCUGGACCUAUGACAAGGCCAAGAUCGACCUGGAGCCGAUGGAGCAGACGGUGGACCUGAAGGACUACUGGGAGAGCGGCGAGUGGGCCAUCAUCAACGCCACGGGCACCUACAACAGCAAGAAGUACGACUGCUGCGCCGAGAUCUACCCCGACGUGACCUACGCCUUCCUCAUCCGCCGGCUGCCGCUCUUCUACACCAUCAACCUCAUCAUCCCCUGCCUGCUCAUCUCCUGCCUCACCGUGCUGGUCUUCUACCUGCCCUCCGACUGCGGCGAGAAGGUCACGCUGUGCAUCUCGGUGCUGCUCUCGCUCACCGUCUUCCUGCUGCUCAUCACGGAGAUCAUCCCGUCCACCUCGCUGGUCAUCCCGCUCAUCGGCGAGUACCUGCUCUUCACCAUGACCUUCGUCACCCUCUCCAUCGUCAUCACCGUCUUCGUGCUCAACGUGCACCACCGCUCCCCCAGCACCCACAGCAUGCCCCGCUGGGUGCGGCUGGCCCUGCUGGGACGUGUGCCCCGGUGGCUGCUGAUGAACCGGCCUCUGCCACCCUUGGAGCCACACGACUCCCCAGGCCUGAAACUCGGCCCUUCUUGUUACUGGUUGGAGACCAACAUGGACGCAGAGGAGAGAGAGGAGGCAGAGGAGGAGGAGGAGAAAGGCAGAGUGAGAGAAGACUGGAAGUGUGUUGCCAUGGUCAUCGACAGGAUCUUCCUCUGGCUCUUCAUCAUCGUCUGCUUCCUGGGAACCCUGGGGCUCUUUCUGCCUCCGUUCCUGGCUGGAAUGAUCUGA